AUGGACUGCUCCCAUGCGGCAUCGCUCUACCAGCACGUGAAAGAACCAACGCGUAUCCGGCUACGGCAAAGACCGUCCACCUUGGAUCUGGUCUUCACGCGGCAAGAGAGUGAGAUCAGCGACCUAAGGCAGGAGGUUCCUCUCGGUAAAAGCGUCCACAAUGUACUGUUACUAGAAACAUGCAUUACAAAGGAAAAGCCACCCCGCAGAUGGUGCCGCAAUUUCGGACGAAUGAACAUAGAGGACUUGAGUCGAGAUGCUCAGACCAGAGCGUCCGUGGAUCAACGAUCGGAGAAAAUCCGCGACCAGCUAAUAGAGCUGACGGAGAAGCAUGCCCCCUUGCAGCCUCGGGGUGAUACCCACAAACCGCAACGGUGGAAGUCGACCAUUAAACGUGCCAUAGGGGAAAUGGCUCGUAGGUGGAAAGCAUUCGUUCUCACACGAGGGCAUGAUCGAUGGUUACAAUAUAAGAAAGUGAGAAACUAUGCUAGCAAGCUAGGAAACCAGGCGAAAAUGGCUUUUGAGGUGAAAAUCGCAAACAGAGCCCGCCAGGAACCCAAGACGUACUAUAGCUAUGUGCAACCGAAGACUGCACUAAGGCAAUCGGUAGGUAAUUUGGAGAACACCGAAGGCCGCAGUUGGAAUACUGCGUGCAAGCUUGGUCUCCCUUCUUGA